AUAGUGAAGAGAUGAGACGGUUAAGAGACGAGGAUGCGGAUGGCCUUAAACAACUCGAGGCCACACGGUUCCACCUACGAGGAUGAGAAUAAAUGGUUGUUGCAGAGAGAAGGUUUGCAGGGGCGCCAAGUGACUGAUAGUUUGAGGGAGAAGUUUAAGAAUAAACCUUGGCUACUGGAAGAUGAAACUGGCCAGUUUCAGUUCCAUGGUCACCUUGAGGGCACACAGACAGCCACAUAUUAUCUUCUAAUGCUUCAAGGAAAGGAAUUUGUUGCUAUUCCUGCUGGUUCCUGGUACAACUUUAACAAAGUGGCACAAUAUAAGCAACUCACUUUGGAGGAAGCUGAGGAAAAGAUGAACAAUAGAAGGAAAACAGCUGAUGGUUACCAGAGAUGGAUGAUGAAAGCAGCAAACAAUGGAGCUACAGCCUUUGGUGAGGUCGAGAAGUUUGACAAUCGGGAAGGUGCAGCUGGUGGUGGGAGGGGGCGCAAAAAAACUACAGGGGAUGAUGAUGAAGCCAAUGCUUCUGAUAGAGGAGAAGAAGAUGAAGAUGAAGAGUCGGCAAGAAGAAGCAGGUUGGGUCUCAACAAGAAAAGUGGGGAUGAUGAUGAAGGUCUAAGAGGUGGUGACCUUGACUUUGAUGAUGACGAUAUUGAGAAGGGUGAUGAUUGGGAGCAUGAAGAAAUUUUCACAGACGACGAUGAAGCAGUUGGAAUUGAUCCUGAGGAAAGGGAAGAUUUGGCCCCCGAGAUCCCUGCACCUCCAGAAAUUAAGCAGGAUGAUGAGGAUGAGGAUGAAGCUGAUGAAGAAGAUAAGGAGGGAGGGCUCAGUAAAUCUGGAAAAGAGCUGAAGAAGCUUCUUGGACGAGCAAAUGGGCUGAAUGAUUCUGAUUCAGAGGAUGACGACGACGACGAUGAUGAUGCGGACGAUGAUAUAUCUCCUGGUCUCACCCCAAAAAAGGAAGCUCCAAAAGAAGAGCCGGUUCAUAACAACACUCCCCUUAAAGCAACAAAUUCUACAGCUGGUCGUGGGACACCACCUACUUCAAAAUCGUCCAAGGGGAAAAGAAAAGUUAGCAAUGAGGACUUAAAAACACCUAAUAGUUCACCUUUAAAGAAAGUUAAACCAGAAAAUGAAACAAAAGUUAUAAAAGACGAGAAUGUUUCAUCCUCAAAAGGCGUUGCUCAUCCUAAAGGUGCAACGCCACCUGCAUCAUCAAAAAGUGUGCCAGCACCAGCGACUGGACCAGUUACUGAAGAUGAAAUUAGGGCUGUUCUACUGCCUAAGACGCCAGUGACCACUAAGGAUCUUCUGGCUAAAUUCAGAUCCAGACUGAAGACGAAAGAGGAAAAGGAUGCGUUUUCAGGUAUAAUGAAAAGGAUAUCAAAGAUCCAAAAGACCAAUGGUGCAACAAACUACGUAGUUCUAAGAGAUAAUUUGUCGUAACGUCUUAACUAGAGAAUCGUUUCCUGUUUCCGACACAAUAAAUGUGACCACCGAGGCUGAGAUUGCAGCCCAUUUUCGGCCUAAUAUCCGGCUCGUGCCGUUCAGGAAAUGAGAAAAUAUAGUGGAUU